GAAAGAGAGAAGAGCCACUGUCGGCACUGUCAAGCCAAAGGGAGACCUGGGAGACAACCAGCGAGGUAACGGCAGAGAAAAACAGAAAGGUAGCCAGAAGGUUUGAGAGAAAGAUAGAGAAAGAGAGAAAGAGAGAGAGAGAGAGAGGAGAAGUGAGAGCAGAAACCAGAAAGGCGGAAAGAAAAGAAGACUCGCGGAGUACGCGUCCGUCACGCACCAAGUGUUCGCCUCGGCUGGCCGGAACGAGCGCGCUGUCGUUUCCCAGGGAGAAAAUGAGAGCGACGUCCUCAUGCACGUGAAACUACAGGAGGCGGAACCCCAACGCAACGCUUGAGAGGGCAGGAAAUGUACGGCGCUGAGAGGGAGGAGGUGUCGGAAAGUUGGCAGCACACAUAUGACCUGAGCAGUACUAUGAUUCCUAAUGCGAGUACGGCAAUGGAUGAUGAGGAGCACUUCUGCAAGCUUAUUCUGUACAAGGAGAUCAAGGACUCCAGAGUGAGAAUAUGGGACAUCAUCAUCCUGGUGCCGAAUCUUCUGUUUCUUCUAUUCAUUGCAAUGCGAUUCAACAGAGCGAGGCUUAAACUACGUGCAACGAGUAGCCCAAUAUUUUUAGCGUUUUACGGUCUGGUCAUUUGUAAUGUAGCUAUAUCGGUAGUGCGAUGCGUCGUGUCGAUGACAGUGAACGCGGCAGCUUCAGUUGGCGGUAAGGCCGACAAGGUCCUGUGGGUCACAGUGAGAUUUUUUCUACUGUCCACCGAGAUGAGCGUAGUCAUAUUUGGUCUAGCGUUUGGUCAUUUGGACAGCCGCUCCAGUAUUCGCAGAGUAUUGCUCGCUACGUCUUUCAUAGCACUGGCGUUUACGAUCACGCAAGGAACUCUGGAGCUAGUUCUACCGGACGAUACAUUUCAUAUUCCCAGUCGCGACUUUUACGUGUUCGGCCACGGCGGCAUGAUGUUCUGGUUUUGUAGCAGCCUCGUUUUCACAACGAUAUAUCUCUUCAUAUUAAUACUGCCAUGGACACGGUUGCGGGACCGCCUAGCACUUCCCACACGGAAAAGCUUUUACGUUUACGCCGGAAUAUUAGCGACAUUGGACCUAGUGCAAUCUAUUGGCGCGGGCUUUCUAAACUACACACAAAAUCCGGUUGGAUUGUGCAUCGUAGACUUCACCGCAGCAGUAUAUUUAACUCUUUUUACCCCCUUGGUUUACCAUACAUUCCUGUCAGAAUUCUUCGGGGUCUCGCAACCCUCGAUAAUGUUCUCCUACAAGGCGCAAGUGGACGACGCGAUGGACGAGGACACUGUGUCGUUACCGCAUCAACAGAGUUUCUCAUCCUUGAAAACCGACAGCGAUUACAUCUAUCAGAAUCACAGUGUUUAUGACUCAACCCAGUUCGACACGAACGCUACGCCAAUCAAUCCGCUCUACGCGGCGUCUCUUCAAAGCCCAGAUAGUAUUACCGGUUACAGUAUAGAUAGUCAAGAAACGUCGAAUCCGCCGAAUGGUUACCAGCAAUGAACCGUCACUCGUAUAUGUCGAUUCGGGGUGCGCUAUAAAAGCCUGGAAUGAGUCUAGGUAUCGAAUUAUUCGACGAUCAAAUUGCAAUUUCGCUAGGAGCUUCUCUAAAUAAGGGAUUUGUUAUUUUCUUCCGAAAACAGCGUGUUGUGCUGCGAAAAGGAAUUCAGAAUUGGAGCGAGGUAGCGUGCGAUUGUUAUAUUGUGAGUCGGAAGGAUUCUAGUCGCCCUUGAGUAUUUUUAGGGCCGCGUUUUUGCGAAUAAAAAUACGGAUGUUUUUUGUCUCCAUGUGAUAGCUGGCGUCGAUGCCGAAAUUGUGAUUGCGAAAUGCGCUGGAAAAAAUCUCGCAGAACUCGGAAUCUCUAGUUUUUUUUUUUUUUUUUUUUUUUUUUUUAGUUUUAGUUUUAGUUUACGCUUACUUAGGACUUUAAAUUCUUGAGGACAAUUAGGGGUACCGUUCACGUUAGUUUUGUACUUAGACUUUGGAAACGUCGAGUGGAUUUUAUCGCACGUGAAGAUAGAAUAUUCCUUUCGGCAACGUUACGCAUUACGUCUCGAAGUACAAGACGUAGGUCAUCCUAAGACUCGCAUACUUUCCUCCGAUCGCAGAUUCAUUUGCCGCCGCUCUCGCCACUCAUUUUCAAAAUUUAUUCAUAUCAAUAAAAAAAUAGUUAAAGAUAAAUUCAUUCGUAAAUGCCUUCGACUAAUGCAGCUAAUAGAAUGCGACUUUUAGAAUGUCCUAUAUGCACGGCAUAUCGUCGCGAGACAUCAUCCCCGUCGAUAAAUAAAUGUUUCGUAUUGAGAAGUAUCGCAGAACUGUUGAUGUGCCGGCCGUGCAGAUUUCUGGUGAGACGAACAAAACACUUAGAUUUAACUUCUGAAAACAGAAAAGUUGCUUAUCGUUUCUCCGUCCUUUUCAUCAAAGUUGGACGUCGUCGUAUCGCGAAAGUCCUCGUUUAUGCGCGCACGAAGCGCAAACGACAAGUCGGACAUUCGCUAUUUUCUUACUUUUGCAUCGAAAAUCAUUAGAUCGAUUAAGGGACAAUAGAGGAGUCAUUAUUAUUAAAGUUAAAUGUCGCGCGCGGAGGUAAUUUUUAGACUUAAGAAAAAAACUUCAAAUGCUCCAAUAAUUACGAAGACUCCAUCCAUGAUGUAUAUAUAUGAUCUGUAAUUCUAGUGUAAAGGAUCAUACUAUUUAUAUAUCAUAAUAUAUAUAUAUAUAUAUAUAUAUAUUUAUCAAUAUAUUACGUAUCUUCAUAUUGUAAUUAUAUUCGUACAAUUGGCAAGUCUCUUUGUAGGAUGCAAUUGCUCCUGCGUUACCCGCGUUUUUCACUUGGACGUUCAUCUCGCGCAAGAAAAAAAAAGAGGUGAUAAGAGUCAAAGAGGAAUACGAAGUUAUAAUAAAAGUGUCAUUCUCACUAUCGUCAUUCUCGAAGACGCAUCUCUCUCGAGGUUGUAACGCAGAUUCCUUCUAACUUUUCCACGUGAACUAGAGGGAAUUCCGGGAGCGAACAAAAUUAAUAUAGUGAUACAACGUAACUUAUUUUCUAGCGUAAACACGUUCGAAGUUGUAUAUACGAAACCGGUGUGUGCGUGAAACGAUAUUACACGAUGAAUCUCUCUGUCAAUUGCAACAAAUUGCUUUUUACCAUCUUCGACUGUCCGUCACCCUGCACUAUCCCCACGAACGUUACCUGCGAUCGUCUGACCGUGUGAUUCUUUUUUAAGCAUCGAGUGCAGUGUAUAAGGCAAUAUAUUGUGACCGCGUUGUAUAGCUAUACGUAAUUUUAAAAAAAUGAAAUAAACAUGAAUAACAAUUCAA